AUGCAGUACCAGCACCGGGUCGGCAGUAACGCCAGCGUCGUCGGCUUCGGCGGCGAGGACGACGAGAAGGUGAACUCGGAAGGGAGCACGUGCUGCAGAUUGCCAUCAACGAGGUGUACGAGUCGAGCGGCCGCAAGUUCCGCCCCUGGGCCGCUAACGGACGUGGGGACGUGCGUGCCGUGUUGGCGAGAUCAUCCUGAUCGUCAACUCGGACACCAUCGUGCCAGAGGACUGUUUCCGGGACGCGGCGCGCGAGAUGGCGGAACGCCCCGAUGUCGGUGUCAUCCAGCACGAGUCGGACAUCAUGCAGGUCGCGCAUCACUGCUUCGCGUACUUCACCGGCGUAUCAACAAAUGUAUCUCGUACGCGUGCGCGAACGGCGAGGUCGCGCCGUUCGUCGGGCACAACGUGUUCCUCCACUGGAGGGCCGUCCAGGACGCCGCUGUGGGGCAGGGACGUAGCCCAGCCCCGUAA